AUGGAUUUGCAAAAUACAUUUCUCCAUGGUGAACUUCUUGAGGAAGUGUAUAUGUUUCCCCCUCCUGGUUAUCGUCGACAAGGGGAGAAUUUGGUUCGUGAUGAUUUCAUUACUGUGGUAUUGCUUUAUGUGGAUGACAUGAUCAUAACAGGAAAUGAUGAGAAGGCAAUUGGUGACCUCAAGAAGUUCCUUAAUAGUUGUUUUAAGAUCAAAGAUCUUGGACCACUCAAAUAUUUCCUUGGCCUAGAAGUUGCACGUUCCAAAGCUGGAAUUACAAUUUGUCAACGAAAGUAUACGUUGGUUAUAUUGGAGGAAGCCGGCUUACUUGGAGUAAAACCUGCAAAAGUACCUAUGGAGCCUGAUUUGGUGUUAACUACAAAAGGGAGUGAUGCUCUUAAGGACCCUUCACGGUACCGUCGAUUGAUUAGGAAAUUGAUCUAUCUCACAAUCACCUGGCCAGCCAUUGCAUAUGUUGUGAAUACACUCAGCCAAUUCAUGUAG